AUGUGUCAUACUUUUAUAUCAUUGGAUGAAUUAGAACGAUGUCUAGCUUAUAUUCCAACAUACGGGCUACCAGGUAUGACAGAUUGUUUGAAAGGCGAAGAACUUGUAUUUGCUGCAACCUAUACAUUUCAACCUAUUCGGGUGAUUCGAAUCUCAAGUGAAGAAUUGCACACACUAACCAAUGAGGAGGUUGAACCUGCAGUUGGGUCUUACGACUUUCGUGAUGUACCGGAUAUGAUCGAUCGUUUCAUCAUUUGGCGAUCGAGUCGAUCAUCGUUGCUGUUGGAAGAACGAAGCGUUGAACGGCCUUUCGACUUUGCUUCGUUAUGCUUCAACUUUAGCCCUGCUAAUGUUAUACCUGGAACACAGUUCUCUUUCGCACACAAUAAACUGAUAUUAUUAGUGCCGACGCAGAAUGCUCUUUAUCGAUUUACUUUCGAAAUUGCAAUUCAGAAAAAGAACAAGGUUCAGUCCGUCCUGAAGUUAUCUGAAGAUCAGGCCUUUCUAUACAAUUAUGAUAGCUACGAACUAGCAUCAUCAAAAAGUGCCUGUCGUGCAAGUAUCAUGCAUACUACGAGUACUGGUACAUCUGCUGUAUAUUCGCUAGGUGAUGGACAAAUUGUUCUUGUGCAAAUGCGCCAUGAACCGGGAAGUAGAGGCCAAGGUUACGAAAAAGUAAUAAGAGGCGAAGGAUUACUACAACGGGUUAUGAAGGCAGCCCAUCAGCUAAGCUUGGUUGUUAGCUUGGCAUCAUGUGUUGUUUAUCAUGACAUUCUCUUUUAUGUACUUUUCGACGACAGAAGGCUGCAUGUUUAUAUGAAUGGCAAAAAAGAAUACGAUGGGAAUUUAUAUGAUAUAAUGGUACAUAAUAGCCACGGAGGCGAUGGCGAGCAAGUAACUGUGGAAAUGGUAAAGACUUGCUCCAACGAGAACUGUUUUUAUGUCGUCGUGCUUUUUCAAAUUGAUGACCAUUGUGUGUUUAUGUUGGGGAAAAUUGAUCCAUAUCUGUUGCCAGAACGUAGUGGAUAUUUCUCGUUUAUCAAUAUUUUCCAAACAGAAAGCGGAGUAGUGGACUUCACUUGUGCAGUGCAGGAGGAUAUUCUGGAUAUUAUUUGUUUAUGUAAAGUUUCGGAUGGAAUUCGCUAUUGUUUGCGUACUGCUUCAAUUGAUUGUUUAAAUGGCGUAUUAACAAUUCCUUGGAAAGGAGUAAAUGAAAUCCAUGGUGGCGAACCGGAGGUGAGUGUACUACAAGCCAAACCAAAACAGUCGGUUGCUACACAGAAAUCAUAUAUCUUCGACCCGAACAGAUAUCCUUUUGGCGUUGUGCUACGUUCUCUUCAGUUAGUUUGCAAAAAAGGAACUUUCAACUGGGAACUUUUGGCAAGACGACAUGAUUGGCGUAUGUUAAGAGAAGCAGCAGAAAAGUACUGCGAAUCAUUAGAGUUUGAUCAGCAUUAUGUUACUCGAGAAGACCGUUCACUCUUGGCUACAAAACCGCCUAAUCAAGCUGCAGAAGAGCGAUUCUGGACAACGCUUACGAAGAUGUGCAAUGAAUUAAUACAAAAUGAAUGUCUUUCUUUAGGUCUGUGGCACUCUGUUCCUCUUGGUUUAUACGGUACAGUACAGCAGGGCCGUUUUACCGUAUGUCGUCCGGGUGAUGAGCAACUGCGCUGGUUCGAACGUUUGAUUGGGAAUGAUGAAAAGAAUGUGCAAAUAUGUUGGGAAAUAGUUACGAAAUUUGCAAUAGGAGGGCUAGUUGCCAGUGCAGUAAGUGUAGAAGAAAGUGAACAGUUCGUGAAUGCAUUUCCAACCGUUUCACAUAUUUUUGAGGAUGCAAUCCGGAAAUUUACCGAAUUAAGACCUGUCGAUGAUUUUGAAUUAGACACAGCAGCCGAAACGCCAUUUCAUGGAUCGUUUACAGUUGGCUUGUUAGCCACCCACUUCGAGCGUUUAAUUGAUGACAGAUUAGCCCUUAGCCAAUGUUUUAUUGCUCUAAUGGAAUUGGUGAAAACUAUCUAUUCUUCUCAGGAUGAGACAAUACCAUUAGAUGCCAGAUGGGGGCUUACAGUUACUACUCAUGAGAAGUCACUUCAUGAUAUGAAUCGACAAUUUAGCAUCUUAUCGCAAACAAUGAAACUGCGAAUUUCUAUUGAUAAUUAUAAUGAAAUAAGUCUAGCAGAUGGUUUUUUCGCAAGUGCUGGUAUUCCAACCAUACUCAGUUAUUCACAGGAUAAGGAAUUAGUAGAUGAAGAAGACGAUACGGAGGAGGAUGAAGAAGAAAGUCUGGAAGACAAAGCUGGUAUUGGUGUUGAAAAGUUACCUUAUGUGUCGCCUCUGAAACAAUCAACAUCAGCGUACUCGCAGUUUAUUAAUAGAAUUGUUAAUGACGCUGUGGUUGUUCUUUGGCCAGAAAAUACAGCUAUGGUAUUGGCCAGGUUUUUGGCUAAUUAUCAUCAGUAUUCUGCACUACAAGCUUAUUGUCAGUUGAAUGAGCCUUAUAUAACAGAACUGUAUGCUGCUUUUCGGUUUUUCGAAGGCUAUGCACUUGCUGGUUUGGGAGAUCCAGAAAAGGCUUUGCAAUCAUUCUUGGAUGCAGUGGAAGGUAUUAAUCGGGAAGAUGAAGCGCUUAAUAGGGUACUUUCUUCUGAUGGUAAUUUUUCAGAAGAACCAUAUAAUGAAUUGCAAUAUCUAUUGAAGGUUAUGUCUGUCAUGGAGACACAUGGUUUUCACGAACAGCUAGUUUAUUUAUCAAAACGUGCCUUGAAAGAAGCACUGCAAUCGAAGCGCACUAAAGUUUUGCCCGGAUUAUAUACGUCUGUUUUUAAAUUUGAACUUAUUACGGGACGAUAUGAAGAAGCCUUAAACACCCUUCUCUCCAAUCCAGUUCCGGAAAACCGUCGGAUAUGUCUGAGAGAACUUUUAGCGAAAUUAAUAGAGCAAAGGAAAAAUGCGGUCAUUGUCGAUUUAAAUUACGGGAAUAUGGAACAGCAGGUGGUCAGUAUAUUGAAAGCGAACGCUCGCACUUCAGAUAUCAGUAAAGAUGGCUAUUUCUACGAACUAAUCUAUGCAUUUCAUGUCAAACGCGAUCUCUUUCAGCGAGCAGCACUAACAAUGCUCGAAUAUUCGUGUCGUUUACAGUCAGAACUACAGAAUCGAAAUGUAUUAUCUCGUCGUAGUCGUGCUCUUAGUAUUGUUGUCAGUUUACUUUCGUUAUUGCCAGAAGCUGAUCAGUUCCUUACGCUUCCAGCAUCACUGGAAAAGAGUAAGAAUCCAACGGAACAAAUUGAAACAGCAGAUGAGCAGAAGAAGAUUGAGCCGAAAAUGGGCAAAAAUGCUCUUGUUAUCUGGAUGCUAAAUGAUAUUUCAAAAAGGGCGCUGUUAUCAUCAGCCCGGUUGGCAUUAUUCGAUGCAAAUUACAAUCCAAAAGAGAAGAAAUCAAUCCCACCGCCUAUCAAACUUGAAGAAAUUUUCGAGCAACUCAUUCAGAAGAAACUCUUUGAUUAUGCUUGGGAAGUGAGCAAGGUUUUUGAUUUAAAACCAUAUCCAUUGUUAAAAGCGGUUACUGUGGAAUGUAUUCAUUUGGAUGCAAAACCACCGAAAGGUGAACCGUGGUGGGUAGCCAAAAAUCGAAAAUUCGUGAGGAAAAUACCCAGUUUACGUGAACGACAUUGGGCUAUUUUACGAGGAUAUUUGGAAGUAGCCAUGAGAAGAUGUCCGGAAGAUUUCACGAUAUUGUGGACAGUAACCUAUGUGUUUCUUCAGCAUCAGUGGCAUAUACCUCCAUGGCUAUCAAAUUGUUAUGAAGAUCGAUGCGCAGCGCAGUAUGCUUAUUUGCUAAUAAUGUUCGAUCAUCUUCAUCUAGCCUGUGAAACACUCAAAAAGAAGAUAACUUUAGAAUCAAAAAAAAUAACAUCUCGAAACUCACAUUGCUUAAUACCUGCUACAGAAAUUGAUUGGGUAUUAUGGUUAAUUAGUAAAAGAGAUGAUGUGACUUUAAAAGAAGAUGCAAAACAACUAGAAGAGUGCGUAGAGCGGUAUUUCGAACGUAUUGCAUCUUUUUCGAGGCAAUAA